CUCCAAGAAGUACUUAAGGGUUGCCUACAUUGCAGAGAUGGUGCAUCCUCGCAUCAAUCGUCCAGUCCUCACCCUAACCAGUCAUGAAGUCAAAAUCUGCCGAAGCUGCAUUGCCCCAGGGUGACUCUACCAGUGUCACCUCAUACCCUUCCCAAGCGAGGUCCAUCGACCCCGCAGCCGAGGCUAGACUCCUUCGCAAGCUCGAUUGGCACUUGCUACCAUGGAUCUGUAUCGCCUACCUCAUCAAUUAUCUGGACCGAUCCAACCUUGGAAAUGCCAAGACUUUGAACUCGAAUGUCCAUGGGGCAUCACUCACCUCAAAGGUCGACCUGACAGGUCAGAGAUACUCAUUGGUGGUAGCUGCCUUCUUUGUGCCUUAUGUCCUGCUUGAGUUCCCCAGUAACUUCUUUCUGAAGAAGUACACUCCUUCGAGAUGGAUCGCCAGAAUCAUGUUGGGUUGGGGUAUCGUCACUGCUUGCCAGGCUGCCGUCACUACCUACUCUGGCUUGAUCAUUUGCCGAGUCUUCUUGGGUAUUGCGGAAGCAGGUUUCUUCCCCGGCUGCAUUUACUACCUCAGCUUCUGGUACCGACCGGAAGAGCGUGCACAGCGAAUGGGUAUCUUCACUUCCUUCGUGGCCGUCUCUGGAGCCUUCUCCGGACUUUUGGCUACUGGUAUCAGCUUCCUCAACGGCAAAGGAAACUUGCAUGGCUGGCAGUGGCUCUUCAUUCUGGAGGCCAUUCCUGCCGUUAUCAUGAGCGUUCUCAUUUGGUUCUUCAUGCCCGAUUUCCCAGAGACGGCCAAGUUCCUCACUGAAGAGGAACGUACCCUGUUGCUCUCGCGAAUGAGCGAGGAGAACCCUUCCGCUAAGGAUGCCAAUGUCGACUGGACCGCGCUCCGCAAGACUGUCCUGUCUAGUCAAUUCUGGCUUUUCGCAAUCGCUUACUUCUGCAUGACCAACUCUCUCAACGCUUCUGGAUACUUUCUGCCUACGCUCAUCAGCGACAUUGGCUUUUCUGGCUGGCGUGGUCAAGCUAUGACCGUUCCUCCCAACGUCUUCGCAUGCAUCAUCAUCAUCGGCAACUCCGUCUGGAGUGACAAGCGCAAGGAACGAAUCCUGCAUACCCUCGGAGGCUUGGUGAUCAUCGGUCUGGGAUACAUUCUGCUCGCCGCUACAAAGACGAACGCACCCCGACUGGUGGGAUGCUUCCUCAUUGUCUGCACAAACGCUGCAGUCAUGCCUUUCCUGGCCUUCCGAAUGUCGACCGUCAGUGGACACACUGCCACCGCCAUUGCCUCGGGAGGAACAAUUGCCUUUGCCAACAUUGGUGGUAUCACAGCUCCCUUCCUCUUUGCCGACACCAGUAACUACUACAGGCAGGGCAAUUACACCGUCUUUGCCAUGCAAAUCUUGGCCGCAUUCAUCGUCCUUUACCUCUGGUACCGAUAUGGAUCCUCGGCAGUAUACGCUUCGGACCUGCGAUCGGAAGAUGUGGAGAGCAUGCCUCGGCUGCCACAGGGUGCUGAGUUUAGCGAGCACCAGGCUGCCGCUGGUAAGGAAGGUGAAGAGGACAAGAGGCAGGGAAAGUAGUGGGAGCGCGUCAAAAAGUCACCGUACUGUACCCAGAGUCUCGACUACAAUUUACGUCACAUCGUUUAGUAGAAAAAGAGUCGCAUUGAUUUGAACGUGACAAGAUUCUUACGAACCUAGCGACCUACUAACGGUGACAAAGGGAAUGGAGCUUGAUACAUGAAAUCGGCUGAUCUCUGCAAGACGAGAUGUUUACCUUGCGAACCUGAUUCGCUGCUGCUAAGUUCUGAGUGGAUACAAAACCCCGAAGUAUGACCCCUUUGCAGCACCUGUCGAGGCUCAAACCU